CAACGCCCGGCUCGACAAGUUCAUCACCUUCCUCUUAACGCCCUCCGUGCCUCCAAAGCCUUUCGUGUUCCAAUUUGCAAAGCCGCCGAUAAAGAAGUGAAACGACGCAGGCGCCAAGCUCUUUCAAUUAAAUUUCUACUACCAGUUCCAGAACACGGACGACUGUUCGCCUCGCCUCUAAUCUUUAUCUCCACGACGCACGUAGCAUAGUCUCGCACCAUUCGCAUCAUGGUAAGCGACUCUGCCAUUCAUUCACUCGCAGGCGCUGCCGGUGGUAUUGUCGCCAUGUCCGCAACAUACCCACUCAUAGUCUUAUCGACACGCGCUGCAGUUGACGUGAAGAAUGACUCCAAGAGCGUAGCUCAACAUCUCCUUGAGAUUGUCAAGCGCGAGGGUAUUGCGGGUCUUUAUAGCGGUUUGAGCCCAAGUUUGCUCGGGAUAGCUGUCACAAAUGGGGUGUAUUAUUAUUUCUAUGAACGUUCCCGAGGGAUCAUUCUGAAUUCGAGGCAGGGGAGCAAGGCGCUUACUAUGUUGGAAUCGAUGUUAGCAGGCGUUAUUGCUGGAUCAGCAACUACCAUCAUCAGCAAUCCAAUUUGGGUUAUACAGACGUCCCAAGCCGUUCGAGUGGAACCCUCCCCUUCCGAACCAUCCAAUUCACAUGCAGUACUCAGACGGCCAAGUGUCUUGCAAACCAUUCAAGCCAUCAUAGCUAAAGACGGGCUGAACGGGUUCUUCCGUGGGCUCGGCCCUGCUUUAGUGCUCGUGAUCAACCCUGUACUGCAGUACACGGUGUUCGAGCAGUUGAAGAAUUUUUUGAUUAAGAAGAGGACCUUGAAGCUAAGGGUGGGUGGCUCUGGAAGUACGGUUGCAGUCUUGUCCGACUGGGAUUUCUUUGUCUUGGGCGCACUUUCCAAACUUGUCGCAACGGGCUCAACGUAUCCUUACAUUGUCCUAAAGAGCAGGCUCCAAGCUGGACAGGCACGCGCAGAACAAUACAAAUCUUCUCUCGAUGGUCUCGCUACCAUCCUGAAAGAGGAAGGCAUACAAGGCCUGUACAAAGGCGUCGGCAGUAAACUCCUCCAGAGUGUCCUCACUGCUGCAAUAUUGUUUGCCGUACAGAGGAGGUUAUAUGAGUUCACGAAGAAGGCUAUCACGACACUGUCGUGAUUGUCCGUGGUGCAAUAGUGCUACCGCGAGUGUGUCGCAUACGACAGGUAAAGUAAGGUCUAAGCAACCAAGCGGCACAAGGUUACAAGCAUCAUUCCAUUCUAACGAGAAGAUGAGUGAUGAUCGUGAGAGAUAGGACUAGCGUUGUCGAAAGCCUCCAAUUCAUACAAAAGUCCUCAGAAUGGUUCGUAGUAUCUUUGACCAUGUGUACGACCGUGAGGUCACUGCCAGUGGUAACGAGGAAAAUCAUAACAUUCUUACCUGUC